GGAGAAUACGAUCCCAAAUCUCAUCUCGUCCAAAAUUGUAAGACUGUUUUAGAAAAUAAAUCCAAGAUCUUCAGGGUAUGCAUGAAAAUACACUAAAAUAAUGUACAGGUCAAAUAAAAGUUGAAAAAAAACUCAAAACUUAAAAAAAAAGAAUAAAAUAAUUCGUUACUGAUGUUAGGAGAAUUCAAUACGGGAACGCCAUUUUCUGUGAAUAGCUUAAUUUCUAAAGUGAAUCCUGAAAGAAACAGCAAAUGCAAUGCAUAUUAUGCAUCACUUAUUAGGAAAAACAGAAAAUGUGUAUUUCUGCUUAGAAUUCAUAAAACUUCUUUAUCUGGGGAGGAUAAGGGAAAACUUCCUACAACUGCCAAGGUGAAAGGUAUGCAUAGAAAAAAUCUUCUAAAGGAAUGUUGACUGACCUUAAACAUGAAGUUGCUGCAUGCUGGUGGGCUGGCUUUUUUUUUUUUUUUCUUUGUUAACAUUUCUACAAGGACUCAGAGGGGUAUCAUAUCGAAAAAAGAAAGAAAAGGGGUGGUGGUGGUGGGGAAACAGCCUGAUUACCACAUGCAAAUAUAUAAAAAGACAACCUCAACCAAGUGAACCACCACCGGAUGGAGAACCCAGCUGACACAUAAAGAAGAGUCUCUGUGUUUAGGGAAGCUUGGGGCUCUGCUCCUUUACUGCAAGAGAGCCUGAACUCAAUUAGUGCAAUUUUUUGAAGCAUGGCCUGAGGGAUCCGGUCACUAUCAAGUCAAACUACAAACAGUGAAAGGUUGCUACUAUUGCCAAAUAGGAAAAUUCUGAAGAUACCAAAGCUACACACAAGGAACACGUCAUUUAGCACCUUCACUUUUUGAUCCCUACACCAGACAAUGAGAAGUCACGCCGUAACAAUGCCAACCACUUCGGCCUACAGCUGGCCUUGGUCCUCUCAGGGAGUGAACUUUACAGCUAAUCACAGCAUCCCAACGCCACACACCAUGUCAGGAACAUCAGAUACUGACUGUGUCAUGGAUGAGAAACUGCUCUCUAGCGUGUUAACAGUAUCUUUCUCUGUUAUUUUCAUCAUGGGACUGGUUGGAAACAUAAUCGCCCUCUAUGUAUUUCUGGGUAUCCACCGCAAGAGAAACUCCAUUCAGAUUUACCUACUGAAUGUAGCCAUUGCAGAUCUCUUACUGAUCUUCUGCCUGCCUUUCCGCAUAAUGUAUCACAUUAACCAGAACAAGUGGACACUCAAUAUGAUCCUUUGCAGGGCUGUGGGAACACUAUUUUAUAUGAACAUGUACAUUAGCAUUAUUUUGCUUGGAUUCAUCAGUUUGGAUCGCUACAUAAAAAUCAAUCGGUCUAUACAACAACGGAAGGCAGUAACAACCAAACAAAGUAUUUAUGUUUGCUGUAUAGUAUGGACAGUUGCUCUUGCUGGAUUUCUAGCUAUGAUUAUAUUAGCCCCUAAGAAAGAAGGCCAUGAUUCCAAUAAUUCCACAAUGUGCUUCCAUUAUAGAGAGAGGACGAAUGCCAAGGGAGAAGCAAUUUUUAACCUCAUUCUUGUGGUAAUGUUCUGGCUAAUUUUCUUACUAAUAAUCCUUUCAUAUAUUAAGAUCGGCAAGAAUCUACUGAGGAUUUCUAAAAGGAGGUCCAAAUUUCCCAACUCUGGUAAAUAUGCCACCACAGCUCGGAAUUCCUUUAUUGUACUCAUCAUUUUUACUAUAUGUUUUGUUCCAUAUCAUGCCUUCCGAUUUGUCUAUAUUUUUUCACAGCUAAACAAUCCACCUUGCUAUUGGAAGGAAAUAGUUCACAAAACCAACGAGAUCAUGCUGGUCUUCUCGUCUUUCAAUAGUUGCUUAGACCCAGUCAUGUAUUUCCUGAUGUCCAGUAACAUCCGCAAAAUAAUGUGCCAGCUUCUUUCUAGACGCUUUCAAGGGGAAGCGAGCAGAAGUGAAAGCACGUCAGAAUUUAAACCAGGGUACUCCCUGCAUGAUACAUCUGCUGCAGCUAAAAUUCAGUCUCCUUCUUAAAUCACUUGAAGUAAACACAUUAAAAAGAAUGAGAAAAUACAACAUCUUAAUACUUUGAAGAACUAAAACCUAUGAAACAAAGCUCUAGCAUUUGCAAAGCUCAGAUCUGCUCAAAGCUUGUUGCAUAUUUGUGAUAUUUCAUUUGCUUAGUUGUAAAAUAUUUCAAGGGCAAGAGAAGCUUAUACUCAUCACUAGAUUUUAAAUCUGUAUGUAAAAUC